AUGCACCGAGGGAGAGCCGCUGCCGCCCACCACCACCCUCUGCCCAAGGAGACGCGCUUUCGCGGCGUCAGGAAGCACCCCUGGGGCCGCUUCGCAGCCGAGAUUCGAGAUCCCUGGAAGAAGUCGCUCGUCUGGCUCGGCACCUUCGAUUCCACCGAGGAUGCUGCCCGGUCCUACGACAAUGCCGCCCAAUCCUUCCGUGGGCCUGAGUCCGACCAGAUUCCCCUCUACCAGGCCCACGACUUCUCCAAGUUCGAGCCCGUGGUCCAGGUGAAUCGGCCCACCACCAGCGGCAUGAGCAGCACCGUGGAGUCCUUCAGCGGGCCUAGGGUUCCGUCUUCUCACACCAUCCACCCUCGCAGGCCCGUGGAGAUAAUUACAUCCUUCUCCCUCUCUCUCCUCUGUAUCCAACUACAGCUACAACAAGGUAGCGGUGAUGGCGACGACGCAGUUCUCGGCGGCAGAUAG